GUGGGGAAUGUAAUUAUGGAGGACAACAUAAAAUGAGUGAUGACUUAUGUCAGAUUAAUAAAAACUUUCGAGCGUUUGAUGUUUUAGUUAAAAAACAAGCCAAAAUCUCCCGAGCCAAGAAUGAAAAAGAUUUUAAUGAGGCCAAGAAUAAAUUGUUAUCUUCUUUCCAAGAAUUGAAAAAGAAAUGUGAAGAUGAGGCUGGAGCCGGUUUUUUUUAUGGUAGUUGUAUUGGAUUAGAUGGUAACAAAGGUGAUUUCUCAGAGAGAAUCAAAUCAACUUUUAGAAGAUUAGCCAAAGAGUUAGGCUAUUACAUUGAGGAAAAAGAUCCGGUUAAGAAAGCUCGUUUAUUUGCGGCUCUAAGUCAGAAAAAUCAGGCCAUUAAAUCUUUACAAGUUGAAUUAAGAAAAGAUCCGGUUUAUGAAUUAUUUAGUGCGGAGAAGUCUGAGGAGUUGAAUGGUAAAGAAGGAACAGAAGAAACUGCUGAGCCUAAGAAAUAUUUAGGAUUUAUCCCUUUGGGGAUUGGUAAAAAUGCUCUGCUGAUUAGCGGAGGAUUAAUAGGACUAGGGCUAAUUUGGUGA